CUUCAGUGCUGGAGCAUGCUCCUCCUGUGUGUCCUCUGACCUUUUCACCCCUAAAGCCUGAACAGUGUCCCCUGAGAGGACAGUGUCUGCGUCUGACCUGUGGAUCCAACAGAGAAGCAUGGACGUGAAUGUGGAGGGGAUUAUCCAGUGCAUCAAGCAGGGGGAUGAGAACGGUGUUCAGACACAGCUGCAGGAGUUCAACAAAGAGUAUGCUCAGUGCUUCUUCUUUGAUGCAGAGGAGAGGGACCGAAGGAAACAAAGAAAACUAGAAGAGUUCAGGAAGAAUAAAGUGAGGGAGUACACUGAUUCUGACUCCGACUGUGAUGAGUACGACCAGGAGGAUCGAGGCCUCGUCCUCAGACGGAAUUUAGCUGUUGUCCUUGUGAGGUUUAUAAGAACAGGAGUUAAAUGUCGUCUGUUAAGAGUAUCUCUGCGCACCCUGAGGAUCCUUUCCAGGGACAAAAAGGUCCUGGGCCCCUUGGUGACUGACAGCGCUCUGGUGACACUGGCCAAACUAGCCGGGCUGACCACAAGAGAUGACAGCGAUGAAGCCAGUGACCCUGACUCUGAUUUCUAUGAUAACAUCAUUGCUUCUCUCGCUGAGGCCAAGGUUUUGCAGUGCCAUGCUGAUGAGGAUGAAGGUGACGCAGAAGCCAGUAAGCAAAAUGAAGAGUGCUCUGCCUUUGAUGAAGAAACCGAGAGUGACAUCAGCAAUGCCAACAGCGGAGAUCUGGACAGCAUCAGCUGGUUUGGGAGCCACAGGACCAGCAUCAACGAAAUGCACAGAGGCGGCAUCCAUCACAAGGUGCUGGAGCGAGGGAGGAGGGACCGCAGAGAGAGCAAGAUGGAGGGAGAGGAGGAGGAGGAGGACGGGGAGUCAGGAGAGGAGGCAAAGAGAAAAGAGGCCAUGAAGGUGUUGUGUAAUGUGGUAUACAACAGCACUUGGGCACAGGAGAGGUUCAGCGCUCUCAGGCUCAUGUGUGGUCUCAUAGAGCGCCUGUCCUCCAGUGUCAGCUGCUCAUCGUCCUCCAGUGUUCAGUUCUAUGAACUACGCCUCAUGUUCCUCAUUACUGCACUACGGCCAGAGCUCAGCACUCAGCUUCAACAGGAGGGCGGGGUGUCCAUCCUCACAGCAGCCCUGGAGAGCUGCCUGGAGGUUCAGUGGAAGGACCAGUAUGAGUGUGUGCUGGACCCAGCAGCUCCACCAAUCUCCCUGGAAGCCUCUCAGCGUAUCAUAGAGAUACUGAAAAUCCUCUUUAACAUCACCUAUAGCACCCACAGGCAGGAGCCAAGUGAGGAUGAUGCAGCUCUUUACCGACACCUGGUGGCAAGCCUGCGUCCCUGCCUGCUGAGGAAGUGCGCGCUGUCGGACGACACCGAUGAACUGCAGGGUCACACAGUCAACCUGUUGUCAGCGCUGCCUCUCCAGUGUCUCGAUGUGCUGCUGAUGGUGCCUCUAGAGCCCCACUCGGAGCAGUGCCAGGGGGUCAACAUGGACUGUGUACACACCCUGCUGACGUUCAUGGAGAGACGCCUGGAGUUGGGUGAUAAGAUCAAAGAGAAACUGACACCAAUCCUCAAUCUGCUGACAGAGAGCUGCAGGGCCCACAGAGAAACACGCUGCUACAUCAGGAAACAUAUCCUGCCUCCUCUGACAGAUGUGUCACACAGGCCGGAGGAAGGCUCCACAGUGAAGAGUCGCCUGAUCCGUCUCAUGACUCAUCUGGAUACGGAUGUCAAACACUGUGCUGCUGACCUCAUCUUUGUCCUCUGCAAGGAAAAUGUGAGGCGUUUUGUCAAGUACACAGGUUAUGGUAACGCAGCGGGCUUGCUGGCAACCAGGGGUUUGCUGGGCGGCCAUGGGUCCAGGACCUCCAGCUCUGACGCCCAGUACUCCAGCGACUCUGACUCUGACACUGAGGAGUACCGGCAGGUCAAAGAUCGCAUCAACCCGGUGACGGGGCGGGUGGAGGCAGAGCAGUCAGACCCCAUGGAGGGCAUGACAGAGGAGGAGAAGGAGGAGGAGGCCAAGAGGCUGAUCAUGCUCUUUAACAAGCUGUCUAGAGAAAACAUUAUCCAGCCGGUGGGAGUGGAUUCAGAGGGGAGGCUGGUCCCAAUGUUCGGACUAAGUGAAACUGCUCUCACUGAGGAGGGGGGGUCUGAAUCGGAGAAUGACGGAGAAGCAGAGGAAGGAGAGAAGAACUGAAACAUGUCAAAUCUAUUCAUUCGAUUUAUUCAUUUAUUUUUGUAAAUAUUUAAUUUUCUUAAGUUUGGCAUUGCAAAAAUAUUUGUUGUAAAUAUACAGACAACAUAAAAGCAAAGUGAUGUAGUUCUCCUCCACACCCAGCCAACCAUUAAGAGUAAUUUCUUGUCCUUUGGAUUCAUGAUAAUAAGAUAGAGCAGUAAUAAGGGCAGAUGGUUUGAGUUAAGAAUGAAAUUCUGUAUUGACAGUAGAUCCUGAGAAGGAACUGAUUUCAUGCUAAUAACAUGAU